ACAUUUGAUAACCAAUAAAAAAAAUACAACUGUUCUAAAAUGUUUAAAAAUGCUACUAAAGCCUAUGAUGCCUCAAAAUAUUGUCUAGUAAGGCAGCUCGAUUAGUUUUGAGACACGCCCGUGUCUCCUGUGUGCAUGGACGACAGUCUGGGCUAACAGGAUCCGAGAGGACUUGUCAAUCUUCCGUUCUCUGUCAAAAACCAGCAGCACUCUAUGGUCCAAUUCCUGGCUUUUCUCGGAAUCGCCAGGCAUGCGGAUCCGGCUGCAGCGCUCUGGCCAUGCGGCCCAUCUCCUUUCCGAGCUUAACCGCUGCCGGCUGUCUCGCCUCCUAUGUGACGUUGUCCUCCAGGUUGGUGGGCGAUCCUUCCCCUCUCAUCGCGCAGUGCUGGCGUGCACUUGCACAUACUUUAAGAGCCUCUUCUCCAGAGUUUCCCGCAACCAGGGUGGUUUUCCCACCACCUUCUCUUUGGACUUUGUCUCUGCCUCCAAUUUUGAGAAGGUGUUGACGUUCAUCUACACUGGUGAAAUUUUCACGGACUUGAUAGAUGUGGGUGUGCUUUAUGAGCUGGCAGAAAGACUUGGAGUGAGGGAGCUGGUAAGUGCUUGCCAUGCCACAUUCCCAGACCUGCAGAGCUCAAAUUCUGGAGACCCGGUGACCGAUGAGGAUAUUGAGAGUGAAAUGGUGUCUGCCAAUCCUGUGGUUACAUCUGUUUGCUCGUCCUCUGCAGCAUCUUGCUCUUCGCUGUCUUCUUCAGCCGCUCCCACUCCUGUCACACCUUCUCCGGUUUCUCAAGUCCGGAACAGCAGUUUGAAUCGGUCCCACUUAGCCACUCUUUCCCUCUCCCAGUACCCUAAAAAUGACUUGCAAGUACAUUUGGGGCACAGCCAGGAGACAAACGACAAGCCAAGCCCCUUGGACACUAAUCGUUCCGCAGAGGUUCUUCCUGGUCUUGCUUUGCAGCUCAAGACCGAGCAGGAAGAAGAUGGAGAAGAUGGAGGAAACAGCUCAGAAGAUCAGGUUGUUGGAAAUGGUUGCAAGUCAACGUUUGGACCUCACGGUAUUCAGGAAGUGAGUUCCAUUCCUGACUCUUCAGCCCAGCUUGGAGCAGAAACCUGUGCUCCUUCGUCAUCCUCCAGUGACCCCUUGGACAAUUUGCAACUAGGGGCUGUUUCAGGUGCAGUAGGAGCAGUCAAAGACUCAGGGUUUUUUGAGGACGAACUUUCUAGCAAGAGGCACCACCUACAGGAAGAAGAUCCAGAAGCUGUCGAUCAGUGGAGAGGGCUUUCAGUUGACAUCAUUGAGCUGAGCGAUGAGGAGGAGCACUUCAUUGUGGAAGAAGAGGAUGACGAAGACUUGUUGUGUAUUGAGAAUGGUGAGAACGGGGCAUCUAUUGGCCAGUUAGCGUCAGCACAGCCGUGCAAAGCUUGUGGAAUGCUGCUACCCACCAAAAAUGACAUCAUUCGGAUCCAUGCGGAGACGCAUCUCUCCGAAACGGGAUCCUGUCAGGUGUGUGGUGCUUCCUUUUCUGAUCGCGCCGCUGGUGUCACGCAUGCCCUCACACACGUUGGCAUCUUGUUCUUCUCCUGCGAUGUUUGUGAGCAGCAGUUUCGGAGUGAGUCAGCACUUAUACACCAUCGACGUCAGUCGGCAGCAAAAUGCCUCCCUCAAAAUCCUGAACAAAUGAACGGUACCACCCAACGACAAGGAGGGGAACUGCAGUGUACUGUUUGUGUUAAAUCUAUGGCAAAUGAUUUCAAGGCUGUCAGGGACCACAUUCAGAGCCAUGCUUGCUUGAGGACAUUACGCUGCGGAGUAUGCCAGCUGUCUCAGCCCUCUCGAUGCGCCCUCCUGUGGCACACACUGACACACCUCUUUCCUAUUUACACUUGUCCGCAAUGCGCCAGCCCCUUCCUGGAGAGUCCACUGCUAGAAAAACACCUGGCUCUUCACGCAGAAGAGGGAGGGCCCGCGAAACAGGACGAGGGGAGUCCAGAGACCAGCGGAGAAGGCCAGGGCGAGCUGCGCUGCUUCCUGUGUCCUCAGACCUUCCGCUCCGAAGCUGCUUUUCAUUACCAUCUCAGCGUGCACUCUAAUGAGCUUCAGGGCAGCCAAGUAUGGCCAGCCAAGCGCAAGGCAGACCAGCUCCUGGAUUAUUCCUCAUCAUCUUCCUCGCCGUUGGAAGCAAGUGGGUCAGGUAAAGCAGGAAAUGCAGGUUACAACAUGGGCCUGGGUUUUAGCCUCCAGGACAAAAUGGUGCAUGGUGGGCUUUCGUUUCCUGCAGGACUCGUCAUGAACGGCAACUCCUCUGGAGCCGCUCCCACCGGUGCAGGUGUCAAGCAAAAAUGGUAUCGCUGUCGGUACUGUGGCAAACACUUUGCACACUCAGGCGAGUUCACCUACCACCUCCGCAUCCACACUGGCGAAAAGCCCUACCAGUGCAAGGUAUGUUCGCGCUUUUUCCGUGGCCGUUCCACUAUGAUUUGCCACCUAAAGACGCACUCAGGUGCCCUAAUGUACCGGUGCACUGUCUGUGGACUGUUCUUCUCCACACUCAAGAUGGUUUCCUCACACAUGGAGAUCCACAAAGACCAACUGCCACCUGAUUUCAACAUAGAGGAGACCUUCAUGUAUAACGACCACUCCAAAGAACCCGUACCCAACCUGGAGACCUGAACGUCAAGCUCCAAUUGUUCCGUUACACUGUGUGCACACGUUUACUUGCUCAGUAUCAGCCACUGUUGUUUAAGACAGGUGACGGUAGACUUAGAAUGUAACUUAGUGUUUAAUGUGAUUGUCUUUGUGUCAGUGUGUACCGAAUGAGAGCGAUUAUUGUUCUUUUUUUUUAAAGACCAAAUUAACUGUAAAAAUGUAUUUUAAAAACGUAGUGUUGUUACUUGACCACUUGAUGGCAAGAGAGACUGAUCAAUAUUACAUUACCUGUCAAAAGUUUCAACACACCUACUUAUUCUUUGUUAUAACUAUUUUUCACAUUUUAAACUAAUAUUAAAAUCAUGGAACCUAUGAAAUAACACAAAUGGAAAUAUGGGAAUUAUGUAGUGACCAAAAAUAUCAUAUAUUUUAGCUUCUUCAAAGUAGCCAUUUUUUAUCUAGAUUAAAUCUCUGCACAUUCUGGGCAUUUCCUGGAAUUUGAACCAAAUUCAUGAGGUUUCCAUCUGCAACCCUUUUUUUAAACAGUAUUGAAGAAGUUCUUAUGUAUGCUGGACACUUUUUCUGAUCCUCUUCCAUUUCAAAAGUGUAUUUAUUCAGUAACAAUUUUAGUUUUUAAAAGGAAUUCAUAUGCAUGGACUGCAUAUAUUUGUCUACAAAACUAAUCAUUAAAGCAUUUAGGCAUAUCAGUUCAAUCAAGUGCAUCCAAACUUUUGACUGGUAGUGUAUGUAGCCUGGGAUGUUGUUGCAAGUGCUGAUCUGUGAUUAUACCUCUAUAUACUCUUCUGGCAACUCUAUCAUAAUAAGCUAAACAUCUCUGGUUUUUCUGAAGAAGCACAAAGUAUUCUUUGUUCUUACACAAAGCAAGUGCACACUAAGAACAAACCAAGACUUUUUCUAAAAUAUAAAGCAGUGCUCUGGGGUAAGGAUAUAACAAAUGGUCCAUUUUUAAAUGAAGGUACUUUUCUUUUGCAGAGUAGACGUUAUUCUUAUAGCAGUGUUGUGUAUAACUUGACAGACUAAAUUAGAAAUAGUUACUGGUUUAUGAGAUAUCACAUUGUUACAUAAAGGAACCACAAAAUACUGCAAAGUUCUGUUAUUGUUGCAUUUGGAAUAUUAGGGGGAAAGAAGGGAUUUCGACUAAGGUGCUAUUAAAUCAGUUUAAACUUUUCUUUCUCCGGUCAUAUCAGAGUAUUGCAAAGCAUUGUUAGGAAUAAUCAAGUGUUCUGAAAGCUGCAGUGCCAUUUUCCCAGAAGUUCUAUAACUUUUGUUUCUAUUCUUGUGUCUAUUGUUUGUAUUAUUGCUAUACUGUCUAAUGUUUUACUCCGAUGUCUUAUAUGAUACAACUCUACAUUUUAAACAUUUAAUUUAUAUUUCUUGUUCACUUCAAAAUCAGUUUCAUUAGCCUUAUUUGCUAUGUAGCUCAGAAAUUAGACUAAGCAACAUGGCCUGAUUUGAUUAAGAUUUUGAUCAUUUCAUUUUUUUGGUAAAACAAGGACUUCAUUUUCAGUGCUUUGCCACGGUAAGCUUGUAAUAGAGCUUGAGUCUCUCAGUUAUGUUGAAUAUACGAUAGGAAAUACCAUUUUCAUAAUACAUUUUAUUCAACAUAAAACAAUUGCCUUAUAUCACUUGAAUGUUAUUUAUAUGAUUUCAAAAUGUUCAGUGUUACUACCCACAGUCUGUUGCCUUU